GGCCGCGGGCCGGUGGUCAGCCCCAGGCGGGCAGGCCAUCGCUGGACAGUGCGGCCAGGUGUGCCGGCCCUUCAUACCAUGAAGUCGAACAUGGAGGAAGAGGAGGACUACAUGUCUGAUUCCUUCAUUAAUGUCCAAGAAGAUAUUAGACCAGGAAUCCCCAUGCUGAGGCAGAUCCGAGAAGCCCAUCGAAAAGAAAAAAAGCAGCAAGAAGCUAACCUGAAAAGCAGGCAGAAGAGUUUAAAAGAGGAAGAACGGGAAAGACGUGACAUUGGGUUGAAGAAUGCACUAGGCUGUGAAAACAAAGGGUUUGCUUUGCUUCAAAAGAUGGGGUAUAAAAGUGGCCAGGCUCUUGGCAAGAGUGGAGGUGGUAUUGUUGAACCAAUUCCUCUCCAUGUCAAAACAGGGAAAAGUGGCAUAGGUCACGAAUCAUUAUUAAAACGCAAAGCAGAGGAGAAAUUAGAAAACCACAGAAGAAAGAUGCACAUGAGAAACCAAGCAGCAGAAAGAGCGACGGAAGACUUUCGGAUGCGACUUAAAAAUAAACAAGAUGAAAUGAGGCUGGAAGGAGAUCUUAGAAGAAGCCAGCGAGCUUGUCAGCAGUUGGAUGCCCAGAAGAAUAUUCAGGUUCCCAGGGAGGCAUGGUACUGGUUAAGGCCUGAAGAGGAGGCUGAGGAAGAGGAAGAAGAAAAAGAGCAGGACGACGACGAAUACCCGGGUGAAGACUUGAGUGUCCUGGAAAAAUUACAGAUACUGACUAGUUAUUUAAGAGAAGAACAUCUGUACUGUAUUUGGUGUGGAACAGCCUAUGAAGAUAAAGAUGACCUGUCUUCAAAUUGCCCGGGACCAACCUCUGCAGAUCAUGACUAACACUGUUCCCAGUAAAGUAAAACUGUUAAUGCCAGCGAUGAAAGAAGCCCUUUGUAUAAUACUUUAUCCUUUUUGUGCUUUGCAGAUACGUUCUUUAGAACAUAAUUGUUCACUGACUUGAAAAGAAAUGAUUCAAUGUCACUUGAGAACACAAAUAUCAUAGACUUUGACAGUUACAGUU